GGACAAAGGUUGGUCGCGUUGAGCGGCCGGCCGGCAGCGCAUUUGCGACUCAAACAUGGCAGCGGCUACCAGCGUUGUCGUGCUCGACAGGGGCAACAACACCACCUGCACCAUCAAUUUACACGGAGCCACGGUAGUUUCCUGGCGGGUGAAUAACCAGGAACAGCUGUUCGUUAGUAAGCAAGCUGUGUUCGACGGAAAGAAAGCGAUUAGGGGCGGCAUACCGUUCGUCUUUCCGACUUCAGAAACCAUAGGAAACCAAGAUUCAGACAAAUCGCAAGAGGCACAAUUCGGAACAUGGACGUACGGACCACCCCAUGGCUUUGCCAGGAUCAUUCGUUGGAACGUGGAGAAGACGCCGGAGCGAUUGCCCAGCGGGGACAUCGAGGCGAUAUUCUCGAUAAUGGACAAUGAAUUCACGCGAUCGCUGUGGAAUUCACAAUUCAGGCUAACAUACAGGCUAAUAUUGCGCGAGAAGGAGCUGCAUUUUAAUAUUGGCGUAUAUAACCCGAGCAGAGAAGAUCCUUUCUCCUUUAAUCUGCUCUUACACACUUAUUUUAAAGUACCCGAUGUCAGAAGAUGCCAAAUUACGGGACUGCACGGGUGCACGUUCCUCGACAAGACUAGGGACAACCAAAUUUACCAGGAAGGCCGCGACGUCGUCACGGUGUGCGAAUGGACCGAUCGAAUCUAUCAGAAUACGCAGCCGGAGCAUAUCAUCACGAAUGUCGUUUCCGGUAGGAAAAUGCGCGUGCAAAAGUACAACUUUCCCGACACGGUCGUUUGGAAUCCCUGGCAGGAGAAGGCGCGCGACAUCCCGGACUUCGGCGACGACGAAUUUCCUAACAUGAUAUGCGUCGAGAGCGGACAUGUCAGUAGCCCGGUUGUAUUAUUGCCAGGAACGGCCUUCGAGGCAAGCCAGAUAUUACAGGUGAUGUGAGUAGAGAGUGGACCGACGUCACACGUCAAUGCUGGAGGCGGUACCAAUUCACUGCUUCCGACGUCCUCAGCAUCGUCCGCGGUUUGGCCAACGGGCACGGGGUGGCUUUACAUGCCACCACCUCCGCCACCCCCGCCACCUCCGCCGCCACCUCCGCCGCCCCCGCCAUUGCAUCCAUCGCAAUCGUCGCAUCUGCACUCGCAUUGCGUUGCCCAGACUUGCACGAUAUGUUCUCUGAAUCUUUAGAAAUCUUUAGAUAUGAGAUGAAGUCUGCAAACUCUGUGCGAGUCCCCGAAAUCUCUUCGUUUUCCAGUCCCCUGGAACCAAUCGUUUCCUCGAAAGACUCGAUACCUCCAACAUUGCAUAGUGCAGAUUGUAUCUUUUUUUUUCAUCGAGUCCUUCGAGGAAGCGAUGAUCUGUGUAGACAAGUAACUUAGUUAAUUUUGUCGAAGAAUCUAUUUUUCUUCAUUUUGCUUAUUUUUAUCUUUAUGCUUCAUCCGUGCUUUACGUGGAAUCACGAAAAACUAAAUCCAAAACGGCCAAUCGCGAACGUGAGGGAUAGAUCAAUUUAUCUCUCUUUAUUUUUCGCCGUCCAAAUAACAAUCCAACAUAGAAUUUAUAAAUAAGUCAAUUACAUUGUCCGAAAAUAAAAUUGUUAUCUUGUUUGCA